GUCAGGCCAUAUUUGGACAGCGCACAGGAAGUAAACAUGAAGUGAGUCUCGGCGGCGGAGGAGAAAAAUAAAAAAAUAAUAAUUUUAGUAAAUAAUUGUUUUUAGAACAUUGAACAUGGACCGGUUCACGUGGUCAAACGGGCUCCUGGAAAUAAACGAAACUUUAGUGAUUCAGCAGCGAGGCGUCAAACUCUACGACGGAGACGACAAGGCUAAGCUGGAUGUUGGAGUCGCCCUGCUGAGCACUCACAGACUGAUCUGGAGGGACGUUAAAAAUCAUGAGUGCUGCAUAGCAAUGCCCCUGUCACAGAUCGUCUUCUUUGAGGAGCAGGCUGCAGGAAUAGGAAAGAGUGCAAAAAUAGUUAUCCACCUGCACCCAGCACCUGCCAACAAGGAGCCAGGCCCCUACCAACACAGCAAGUACCCCUUCAUCAAGCUGUCCUUCAAAGAACAUGGGCAGAUCGAGUUUUACAGGAGGCUAACAGAGGAAAUGACUCAGAAGAGAUGGGAGAACACGCCAGUUUCACAACCCAUUCCCACAGGAACAAGCUCUCAGGCAGGAAGGACUCGUGCAGUGGGGAUUGUUGGCAUUGAGAGGAAGAUAGAGGAGAAGAGGAAAGAAACAGACAAAAACAUUUCUGAGGCCUUUGAGGACCUCAGUAAGCUGAUGGUGAAGGCCAAAGAGAUGGUGGAGCUGUCCAGAUCGAUAGCCAACAAGAUCAAAGACAAGCAGGGAGACAUAACAGAAGAUGAGACCAUCCGCUUUAAGUCCUACCUCCUGAGCAUGGGUAUCGCUAACCCCGUUACCAGGGACACGCACGGAUCAGGAACACAUUACCAUUUGCAGCUGGCUAAGCAACUGGGAGAUAUGCUACAGGCACCUCUGGAGGAGCGCGGCGGUAUGAUGGCUCUCACCGAGGUGUACUGUCUCGUCAACCGCGCUAGAGGGAUGGAGCUUUUAUCUCCAGAAGAUUUGGUAAACGCGUGCAAGAUGUUUGAGUCGUUGAAGCUUCCGUUGAGGCUGCGUGUGUUUGACAGUGGUGUGAUGGUGGUCCAGCUGCAGUCUCACAGUGAAGAGGAAAUGAUAGCCUCUGCACUGGAUAGUGUGUCAGACAAAGGCUCUUUGACAGCAGAGGAGUUUGCGAAGCUUCUGGGUCUCUCUGUUCUUCUGUCUAAAGAGCGGUUGUUGCUGGCUGAGAAGAUGGGUCACCUGUGCAGAGACGACUCUGUGGAGGGUUUGAGAUUCUACCCAAACCUCUUUUGACCCAUUUACAGUCAUUAUUGUUGAGAACUUAAACCGGGCUGCACCUUGCCUGCUGUACUGUAAGUGCAGCAGCAUUCUGGUUCUGAUCACUGAAUGGUUGGUGUUCUGUUAAUGGUAGAUCUCUGCAAAUCCACUGCAGACAUUACCAGCUAUUUUCUCUCUUAAGUCUAAGAGAAAAGAAACGUUUAUCGAGAAGAUUCUUUUCCAGAAACUCUUGAAGAAAUUGAAAUACUGUACGUGCAGCAAAAUGUUCCCUGAUCUGCUCUGCUCAUUCAAAUGAUCAUGUUUAGUAAUAAACGAGUUUGGGAAAACUGA